AUGCCUUCCAUUAACAGGACAAAUUGUCGGGUUGGUGAACUUUUGAAGAAUCCUUCCCUAUCAACUUCCCCCGAUUGUGCUCGUACUUGUCAUGUUGGGGAUAAACCAAGAAUAUGUUAUUACAAUUUUGUGCUUGAGCGUUACCCUACUAACGGACAAGCAUGCAGUCUCUGUACCCCUAAUAUGACCAAUACGAUUUGCCCUAAUUGCCAGUGUGUACGUGCCGAUGGGGUGCCACGUAUGGCUUUAACUGUGAACCGAAUGAUACCAGGACCAUCCAUAGAAGUUUGUCUACACGAUUAUGUGGUCAUCGAUGUUCAGAAUAAAAUCGAAGGAGAGGGAGUUACGAUUCACUGGCAUGGGGUGUAUCAGAAAAACUUUCAAUAUUGCGACGGUGUACCUCAAGUGACUCAGUGCCCGAUUUCAGCCGGUUCCAAUUUUAGAUACCAGUUUCAGGUACAAAACAGUGGCACGCACUAUUGGCACGCUCAUUCGGGGGUACAAAAGUUGGACGGUGUUUUUGGUAGCUUCAUCGUGCGAGAUGCAAUAGAACGAGAUCCUCACAAGCAUCUGUUUGAUUUUGAUUUAACGAAUCAUGUGGUGGUAAUUAACGAUUGGAUGCAUGAAUCAGCUACCCAACGAUAUCCAGGUCGCGAGACUGGAGUCACCAGUCAAGCUCCUGAUACAUUUUUGAUUAAUGGAAAUGGAUUGCCUCUGAAUGCUAAUUAUACCGGGGAUUUUACUGCGGCGAAUUCAAGUUUCUCAGUUAUAACUGUAGAAGCAAAUAAGCGUUAUCGUUUCCGUUUAGUCAACUCUUUUUGUACCUUGUGUCCUAGCCAAUUGAUAAUCGAGGAUCACAAUAUGACUGCCAUCGCGACAGAUGGACAGAAUAAUGAACCUGUUGUUGUAGACUCCAUUAUAUCAUUGCCAGGUGAAAGAUACGAUUUUAUCUUACAUACUGACAAAAAACCUGGCACUUAUUGGAUACAACUUCGUGGAUUGAAUAUAUGUAAACGCCGUGGUAUAUACCAGUUAGCACUAUUGCAAUACCUAGAUGCGCCUGUAAAGCCGAAAACUCCUCUACCUACGUACAGUAGUCUUCCCUCAAGAGUAAUUCUGAAUCCUGUGGAUGUCUGUUGCAACAUAUCGACUCCUAAUCUGCUAUGUAUCAGUAAUUUAACACAUGCCGAGGGGGUUGAUCAUGGUAUCGUGAAAAAGGUACCAGACUUCAAAUUUUACAUGCCUAUAGGCUUCCGUAAUAUUCCAGCCGAGGUAUUUUAUCGGCCUAACAAGUACGACACAUUUUUAGUGCCAGUACCAGGUAAUACUUUAGAGGCAUACAUGGACAAUAUACAAUACAGUUCUGCACCAUCGCCGCCGCUUUCGCAGUAUAAUGAUAAUCCUCCGGGUCAAUUUUGUAAUAGUCGAGGUUUGCCGGGUCAUUGUAACGUCAAUUGUACGUGCACGCACUUGUUGAAAAUACCAUUGAAUGCUAUCGUGGAAAUAAUAUUAGUUGACAGAUCUGGUGCACCAGCUCUGAAUCACCCCUUCCACUUGCAUGGUCACUCGUUUAGAGUUCUAAGUAUGGGCCAACCAUUAGGUCCUACCUCAGAUCCUCCAGAUCCAAUAACUAUAGAAUAUGUAAAACAGCUUGAAAAAGAGACCAAUUUGGAGAGAAAGUUUGAUGUCCCUGCUGGUAAAGAUACUCUUACUCUGCCAAAUAAUGGAUUCGCUGUAAUCAGAUUUCGUGCGAACAAUCCAGGGUUCUGGAUGUUCCAUUGUCAUUUUAUCUAUCACCAAGAUGCCGGUAUGCAGAUGAUUUUUCAAGUUGGGAAAUUCAGUGAUUUACCACCGGUACCAAAGAAUUUUCCGCGAUGCGGCAAUUUCAAAUUGCCCAUUACGCCUAAUUUCGACAAAUGUCAAGAAGGUAGAUGUGAGGAAGAAGAGGAAGGGCAAGACAAGGAGGGAAAGGAAAUAUGGGGGCCAAAAGAAGUUAAGAAAGAAGGGGAAGAUAAAACGGAAGAGAAAGAAUGGGAAGGUAAAGAAGGGGCAGACCAAAAAGAAAAGAUAAAAUCGGAAGACAAAGAAGAGAAGAAGGAAUUGGGAGGAAAAGAGGAGAAGAAGCAAUCGGAAGAUAAAGACGAAAAGAAAGGAUGGGAGGACAAAGAAGAGAAGAUGGAAUUGGGAGUAAAACAAGAGAAGAAGGAAUGGGAAGAUAAAGAUGAAAAUAAAGAAUGGGAAGACAAAAACGAAAAGAAAGAAGGGGAAGUCAAAGAAGAGAAGGAAUUGGGAGUAAAAGAAGAGAAGAAGGAAUGGGAAGAUAAAGGCGAAAAGAAAGAACGUGAAGACAAAGAACAGAAGAAGGAAUGGGAAGACAAAGAAGAGGAGAAAGAAUGGGGAGGAAAAGAAGGGAAGAAAGAAUGCGAAGAUAAAGACGAAAUGAAAGAAUGGGUAGAGAUAGAAGAUAGUAAAGUAAAGAAAUAUAGCGACGAAAAUAAAUUUAGCCACGAAAGUAGAUCUAACGACGAAAGUAGAUCUAGCGACGAAAGUAAAUCUAGCGAUGAAAGUAAAUCCAGCGAUGGAAGUAGUUCUAGCGACGGAAGUAGUUCUAGCGAUGGAAGUAAAUCUAGCGAUGGAAGUAGUUCUAGCGACGGAAGUAGUUCUAGCGACGGAAGUAGUUCUAGCGACGGAAGUAGCUCUAGCGACGGAAGUAGCUCUAGCGACGGAAGUAGCUCUAGCGACGGAAGUAGCUCUAGCGACGGAAGUAAAUCUAGCGACGGAAGUAAAUCUAGCGAUGAAAGUUAA